AUGGAAGCAUCAAAUAUUAGAGUCGACGCUACUUUAUUACAAGAAAAUCAAAAUAAUUUGGUCAGAAUUAUGGGAUCAUGCGAAUCAGUUGAUAAAAAUACAAAUUGUGCAACAAUUAUAAGUAACGGACCAAUAACUUUAGAUCUUAAUCAUACUCAACUAGAUAAACAAUUAAUUCCAGGUAAAAAUUAUGAAAUAAUUGGAAAGGUAAGCAAUAGUUCUUUGAAGGUUCAUGUAUAUUCGGUUAUUCAAUUAUCUGAUAAUUUGAAUUUAGAUUUUGCUACAAAAUUUGUUCAAUAUUCUCAAAAGGUUCCUGAUAUUUAUAUAGCAAGCCAUGAUUAA